ACAACCGAGACAAUGGAGCAUAUCCUCACCGAAUGUAAAGCACCAGAACAAAUAGAGAUAUGGAAACUAGCCCAAAAUGUUUGGGAAAAGAACGGAAAGCAGUGGUCAGACCUUGACUUUGACUUUGGUACCAUCCUCUGCUGCGGCCUAGCAGAUUUCAAGGACAAUAAAGCAAAAAGGUUGCCAGGCAAAUCAAGGCUGUUCCGUAUAUUGAUAUCAGAAUCUGCAUACCUAAUAUGGAAGAUUAGGAAUGAGAGGGUAAUUAACGAAAAACCCCCAAUAACUAAGACACAAAUAAGGAAUAGGUGGAGGUGGACAAUAGAGAACCGUCUAAGGAUGGACUGCCUACUCACCUCAAAGAAAUUCCAACAAAAA